UUCCCGGAGGCGCUGGAGGUGCAGACUGUGGCCCAUGGGGCCCUCGGUGCUGCCCACCUGGCUGCAGACCAGGUAUAGAAAGAAUGUGUAUCUUUUCAUCUAUUACCUAAUCCAGUUCUGUGGCCACUCAUGGAUACUGACAAAUAUGACAGCCAGAUUCUUCUCCUUUGGAAAAGAUUCAAUGGUUGACACAUUUUAUGCUAUCGGGCUGGUUAUGCGGGUUUGCCAAUCCAUUUCCCUCCUGGAGCUGCUGCACAUUUAUAUUGGCAUUGAGUCAAAUCAUCUUUUCCCAAGGUUUUUGCAGCUCACAGAGAGAGUGGUCAUUCUUUUUGGGGUGAUCACCAGUCAAGAGGAAAUCCAAGAAAAAUAUGUGGUGUGUGUUUUAUUCAUCUUUUGGAACCUACUGGAUAUGGUAAGAUACACAUACAGCAUGCUGUCAGUCAUAGGAAUAUCUUAUGCUGUCUUGACAUGGCUCAGCCAAACACUGUGGAUGCCAAUUUACCCUCUGUGUGUUCUUGCCGAAGCAUUUACCAUCUAUCAGUCACUGCCUUAUUUCGAAUCAUUUGGCGCCAACUCCACCGUGCUGCCGUUGGACAUAUCUACCUGUUUCCCUUAUGUGCUCAAGCUGUAUCUCCUGGUGCUCUUCAUAGGUAUGUAUUUCACCUACAGCCAUCUUUACACAGAAAGAAAAGAUGUCCUCCGAGUCAUUUCUGCGAAACAGAAGAAAAUGUGAGGCAGCAUCCCUGCCCAUCGCACAAAAGAGAAGAUGGGCUGCUGGGUCAGCCUGCAGCCAACACAACACUGGUAUAUGCUAGAGUAAAAGAACAGAGAACUUAACAAUAAUCUAUUACAUGGAUUAUUGCAGGCACCGCACAUUCUGUUCCACAUCUACUGUGCUUUACGAACAAAUCUUCAACAGGCACAGCACACCUUUGCUACACCAAGGCUGUGGACUUCACACAGGUUACAUUUAUACUGCGUGAAGUCUGAAUGUUUUCAUGUAAAGUUAAUGAGAAAUAGAUUCAGUGGAGUAAGUUCAA